AUGCGUGAGCUGUACGAACAUCCCUUUGUCAUCGAGUCACCACUUGACUAUGGGAUGGAAAUUCUUAUCAGGAGGAGCUACUCACCAGCACUGAGGCAGACUAUGGUGCAAGUAGAUGAAGAUCCGAUCAGAUUUGGGAUGGAGAUUCAAGUGGAGAGAGCAGAGGAUCCCGUGAUACCACAAUAUCAGGUUGGAGAGGGUUUCAGUCCUUAUGAGAUGCAUCAGCAGAGGCGUCAGGCUGAGCAGUUUCCGAUGGCUAGCUUCGAGCAUCUAGCUGCAGUCGGCAAAGCACCAGGAAAGGGUGGAUCUGCACUCAAACAGAUGGGUAAUAUGGGCAAUAGAGACAGUAACAGUGUUGGACGAGUACCAUCAGGGAGACUCAUUUUCCGUUUACAUGCUAGGAAGCGUGUGGCCCACUACUCGAACUUGCAUGUUUGCGAGUUGUACGACUCGGUUGGACAUUUCACCAGAGCAUGUCCCAACAUCAGGCGUCAUGUUCGUUGUUUCACUUGUGGAGUGAAGGGAUACUGUGCGACUUCGUGCCCGGGGACGUACGAGGAGACUCUAGUGGUUGAGCCAAAGCAAAGCCAAUGUACCAGAAAUUUAAUGAACAUUUUAAACAUCAAAAUAAAUUCAUAA